UGAAGAAAAUUCAAUGGAAAAAAAGAAUGUUUCAGAAAUUGACAAAUGGCUGAGGAACAAAAUAUUCAGAAAUAAUGAGUCAAUUCCAAUAUUUGAAAGAAAUCAAGAAACAGUAGCAACGUUAUACAAUUUGGUGAUGAAUAAUAAAUUACAAGAUGAAAUGAUUGAUAUUGUUUAUAGUAAACAACAGAUUCAUACAAAGGAAUAUAACGCAGAAGCUAAAAGAAUUAAUGAAAUUUUAAAUAUUUUAAAUAUUUCAAAAAAUGAUUUUUCAAAAAAUGGAAUAAACUCCUUAAAUGGAUUGGUAAACUUGGCUAAAAUAUUAGAAUUAGCUGAUGCCCAAAAAAGCAGUUAUUUGUCAUCAUUAGCAAAAUUAAAUUUGGACUAUUCGAGAAUAGAAUGUGAAAAUAACAAAUUAACGCGUUCAAUUGAUUCAAUAAAAGGUCAAAUCAAUAAAACUAUUAAAAGGAAUGAAAAAAAUGAAAAUUUAUUGGACAGGCUGAGAAAUGAAUGGAAUUCAAAAGAUCAGUUAUCAUUAAAAGAAUAUGAAAAGAAUAUGGAAUUGCUUGAGUUAAAGAAAUCAGAAUAUCAGAAUAAACAAAUUGAACUCGAGAAGGAGUAUUUAUCUACAGGUGUUGAGGAAGAAAAUUUACGGAUUAAUGAAUUAAAACGAAAAGAACAAGAAUUAAUUAUGUUGGAGCAAGAGAUUAGGAAUAAACCUAAAUUAGCAUUAGAAAAGGCUAAAAUUAAAUUGGAUACGUUGAAAGAAGAACGCCAAGAAUUACUUAACAGGAUCGCAGAACAUUUUCAAUAA